CCCCUCCCCGCCCUCUGCUGCUCCGGCCCCUUGCCUCGGGAUCCGUGCCGACGUCCGGCACGUUCGAGCUGGCCCUCCCCGCCUCCCCGCCACGAUGGAUGAUUCUCUGCUCUCCGGCAGCGAGCUUGUCCUGCUCAUCAUCGCCCUGGUGGUCGCCGGCCUCAUUUCCUGCUGCCGGUACAUGUGCUCUCGUAAAUCCAAGAAGGCCGACAGCCUGCGUUCUUACCUGAAGGAGCUCAAAAAGUUCGGCGAGCCCAAGUACAAGUAUAAUAAGGACUUCGAGACGGUCGGCUCCUUCUCUUUCACCUACGACGAUACGUCGAUCUUCGUGCCCGGGCGCAAGUUCUAUGACUCCAAGUUGUACACCCGCUCCAGCUCGGACUAUGUCUUCCUGCGCAUCCACCGAAUUCACACCGGGGACAAUGCCUUCGCCUGCAAAAACUUCCGGCGCGAGAUGACCAUUGCCCAGCAGCUCCGAGACAGCCCCCGGUUCAUGCGGGUGCUCGGCUUCUCCAGCCCCGUCCCGAUGGUCAUCUACGAGUAUCUGCCCAUGACUCUGGCGGCCUUUGUCGCCUCGCCCGGGGUGCUGCCCUUCUUCGACGCCUUCUGCCUUUUCCGCGAUGUCUGCAUGGCGCUCUUCGAGAUCAACCGCAUGGGGCACUGCUUUGGCGCCCUGUCCGAUGAGUUCGUCUGGAUCAAGCCCGCGCCGGCGGGGUCUCCCUCCCCCUGGAUGGCGGUGCUGGGAAGCUUCCACCUGGCCAUGGAUGCCAAGACUUCCAUGCUGGCAAGCCACAUCCUGUCCGACUGCCCGCGGCUCUUCAUCGCUCCCGAGGUCCACGCCGCGGCCGAGGCCGGGUUCAAUGUCUCCGGCAAGGACUUCUUCUAUUCGGACAUCUUUUCCCUGGGCACGGUUGGCGCCACCCUCCUCCAGCGCUCGGUCCCAUUCCACGACUCUUCCCUGGAGGUGGCGACCGCCAGCAUCAAGAGCAGCAUCGAAAUCGUGUUCCCCCUGCCGGAGGCCGAGGCACACAUGCACAUCCCGCAUGGGUUCCUGGCGGAGCUGCUCAACAAGUGCCGACUGGCCGAUCCCAAUCUCCGGCCGGACCUGAUGACCGUGCUGACCGAGGUGGCACGCAUUUUCGCCACUCCCCCCUUGGACCGCCUGUCGCCCGAGGACUUCCGCCAGGCGCCCGACGGCAGCCUAUUCUCCGUGGUCAUUGAGAGUUACCACCGCGAGCCGGUGGUCAGCCUGGCUCCCACCCCCGAGAAGCCCGAUGACAUGGUCGACUCGCCGGGGCUGUCGCGGGUCACCUUUGCCGAUCCUCCCCACGACGAGCACCAUGGUCUGCCGUAUGACCCGGAGGCCUACCCCAUGGGCGAGGUGGUACACUCCCCUUCCGGACCCGGGCCCAAUGCCUACAUCCCCAUGCCGACCGUGCCCGGGGGAUCGGCCCCCGCCUUUGCUCCUUACCCGCCGCCCGGUGGCGCGGCGCCCUACCCGCCUGCCGGUGGCGCGGCGCCCUACCCGCCGGCCGGUGGUGCCGCGCCCUAUUCGCCACCUGGUGAUGCCGCGCCCUACCCGGCGCCCGGUGGUGCCGCGCCCUACCCGGCGCCCGGUGGUGCCGCGCCCUACUCGCCUCCAUCCACAGAUGCGAGCUCCUCUCCGCCACCCUCUGCCGAUGGGCCCUCCUCUCCGCCGCCCCCCGAGAACAUCACCUACCCGCCGCCCGACGACAGCGGUUCCCCUCCGGGCGAUGCCCCCCACUCGCCCCACUGA